UUAAACUGUACACUCUCAGUGAGUUUAGUUCAUUGAAAACCAUAAAUCCGCUUCCAGUAAAAAAGUACGCUGUUUCUUUAACUGACCUUGCCUUGAGUAAACAUUACCGUGCUCGCUAGUAUUUUACACAGAGCGCUGCUACUGCCUCUGCCAUAACUUCGCAGAGCCCGGGACAUCAUCUAUUACUUGGAAAGAGAGGAAAUAAAUCAUCAAAAGAAAAAUUAUUUACAGAGGACGUUAACAGUAGGACUCCGCGUGUGUUCACCUCUGUGUCUGAUGGGCUCCCCUGUCUGCGGCUCACACCAGGAAGUGAGCAGGUGAGACGCACCUGUUUGGAACGCAGACUGAAACUCAACAAUAUCUAACUGCUUGCAAAGAGUUCGGAUAACUGUAUGAUAUGUCAAAACGCACAUCACGUACAUUACUCCAAACACAUAUUCGCUGAUAAAAAGAAGACAUGGACUUAGACCUCAACAGGGCUCCAAAGCCGGAUUACGUGUUGCGUUUUUGAAAUCCCGAUACAGGUGGGACGCGAAAUUGUUCACACGAGUUUCGGACAUUGUUAUGGGGAAUCAAGUGGAGAAACUUACCCAUUUGAAUUACAAUGAAUUACCCACGACUGACCCUAAUGGAUUCGACCCAGAAGACGACACUCCACGCAUCGGCGUGUCUUAUAUUUUCUCUGCGGAUGACGACGAGCUAGAGGACAACAUCGAGGAUACUGAAAAGGACGACGUGAAACAUUACGACUGCCGCAAUGAAUUAGAAUGCGCGGUCUAUUAUCGUGACGAGUGUAUAUACGAAAGAAACAGCAGGUUCGGGGAAGUGGGAACGCUCUCGUGCGAGAACUUACCGAAUAAGUGCAACCCCGGUGACCUGGUGGAGUUUGUGGCUAUCGGCCAGUACCCGCACUGGGCAGUAUGUGUUGGCGACCUACAGGUAGUUCAUUUUUACAGAAACGAGAUUAAAUGCGACUUUCUUUUGGACGCAAGUCAAGGUAAAAGGGGCCGAAUUGUAAACGACCUGUAUAAGUUCCGCGCGCUGAGCCCGGAUGUUGUGGUGCAGAAUGCCAUGGAGCAAGUGGGGAUGAAAGAGCGAGAUGUGUGCUGGAAGAACUCUGAAUGCUUCGCUGCCUGGUGCAGGUUUGGCAAACGUGAAUUCAAAAUUGGAGGGGAGAUUCGAAUUGGAAAGCAGCCGUACAAGAUGAAACUGCAGCUGUCGGAGAAGAAAAGUCACGUUUUGGACUUUCAAAGUUUAGAGGACUUGAUCAUGGAGAAGAGGAGAAACGACCAAAUGGGAAGGGAAGCCGUCAUACAGGAACUGGAGAAUCAUUUAAAUGCCACAGAAGACACUGAGAAUGAUUACAACAAUUGUAACUGAUGGGUUCUCCAGUGGGCAAACAGCCUCAUCGUGGAGGAUAUAUGGGCUUUAUUUGUAAUCACCACAAGCACAGCGGUAGUGUUGCAAUAGUGUUCAUCUGUUUCUCAAGAGAGUUUUUGUCAGCAGCACUUUUAUAAAUUGGACAACUUCAACUUGUUAGUAAUGAUAAUCCUGGUGUUUUUGUAUUAAGGACACCAUUCCCUCACUUUGCUAGAUUUACAUCUAAGGGAACGUUUUACAAGCCUUUCCAUAAUGAUCUCAUGUAUUACCUUGUCACAUAUAGCCUAUUUCAAUAAAGUCUGAUUAUUUUUACUUAAA